AUGCGUGCCCUUCGGGCGGGACAGCACGAGUUCACCUUCGUGGCGCAAGCCUCUCUGAGGGGUAGCCGUGACACCCAGGUGGCCACGACCGAGGGGCGCUGUUCCUUUACCCUCAGAUGGGGUUGAAGGCCGGUUGAGGCCCCAUUCGGAGACCUCACCGAAGUCGUGUUUGGGCAUCAGGCCGGCUUGGCGGCUGCAGCUUUAGCGGACACCACCGGGUAGAUUCGGCGCCGCGGCCAGUGAGCGUGGGCGAGAUGCGGAGCAGGAGCAAUUCUGGGGUCCGCCUGGACGGGUACGCGAGGCUGGUGCAGCAAACCAUCUUAUGUUACCAGAACCCAGUCACUGGGCUGUUAUCAGCCAGCCAUGACCAGAAGGAUGCCUGGGUACGGGACAACAUCUACAGCAUCCUGGCUGUUUGGGGCUUGGGCAUGGCCUACCGCAAGAAUGCUGACCGUGAUGAGGAUAAAGCAAAGGCCUAUGAAUUGGAACAGAACGUGGUGAAGCUGAUGCGAGGUCUCCUCCAGUGCAUGAUGCGGCAGGUGGACAAAGUGGAGAAGUUCAAGCACACUCAGAGCACCAAGGACAGUCUGCAUGCCAAGUAUAACACUGCUACUUGCAGUACCGUGGUGGGUGAUGACCAGUGGGGCCACCUCCAGGUGGAUGCCACCUCCCUCUUCCUCCUGUUCCUGGCCCAGAUGACAGCCUCAGGCUUGCGUAUUAUUUUCACCCUCGAUGAAGUGGCCUUCAUACAGAAUCUUGUCUUUUACAUAGAAGCUGCGUAUAAAGUUGCUGAUUAUGGAAUGUGGGAACGUGGAGAUAAGACUAAUCAGGGCAUUCCAGAACUGAACGCAAGCUCUGUGGGAAUGGCCAAGGCAGCACUUGAGGCAAUUGAUGAACUUGAUCUUUUUGGAGCCCAUGGAGGACGCAAGUCAGUCAUCCAUGUCCUGCCUGACGAAGUGGAGCACUGCCAGUCAAUUCUUUUCUCCAUGUUGCCACGAGCAUCAACAUCUAAAGAAAUCGAUGCCGGACUUCUUCCUAUUAUUUCUUUCCCGGCCUUUGCAGUAGAAGAUGUGAACCUUGUGAAUGUGACCAAAAAUGAAAUUAUUUCCAAACUUCAGGGGCGUUAUGGAUGUUGUCGCUUCCUUCGGGAUGGUUAUAAAACCCCAAGAGAGGACCCUCAUCGACUGCAUUAUGACCCUGCUGAACUUAAGCUCUUUGAAAACAUUGAAUGUGAAUGGCCCGUGUUCUGGACUUACUUAAUCAUAGAUGGAAUCUUCAAUGGUGAUGCUGUUCAGGUCCAAGAAUACCGAGAAGCUCUGGAGGGAAUAUUAAUCAGAGGCAAGGAUGGGAUCCACUUGGUGCCAGAACUCUAUGCCAUCCCACCAGAAAAGGUGGAUGAAGAAUACAAGAAUCCUCACACGGUAGACCGAAUUCCACUGGGGAAGCUGCCCCAUCUUUGGGGACAGUCCUUGUACAUCCUUAGCUCCCUGCUGGCAGAGGGAUUCCUUGCCACUGGUGAAAUCGAUCCCUUAAAUAGAAGAUUUGCUACUUCAGUCAAACCUGAUGUUGUAGUACAAGUCGCUGUUUUGGCAGAAAACAGUCACAUUAAGGGGCUGUUACGGCAACAUGGGGUAAAUGUCCAGAGCAUCGCUGACGUGCAUCCAGUUCGAGUCCAGCCAGGCCGGAUUCUUAGUCACGUAUAUGCCAAACUUGGACGAAAUAAGAACAUGAAGUUGAGUGGUCGACCAUAUCGCCACAUUGGUGUCCUAGGCACCUCUAAACUCUAUGUGAUUAGGAACCAGAUCUUCACUUUUACACCGCAGUUCACCGACCAGCAUCACUUCUACCUGGCCCUGGACAAUGAGAUGAUUGUGGAGAUGCUGAGGAUCGAGCUGGCCUAUCUGUGCACCUGCUGGCGGAUGACGGGCCGCCCCACACUCACCUUCCCUGUCACGCACACCAUGCUCACCAAUGAUGGAUCAGACAUUCAUCCUGCAGUUCUUUCUACAAUUAGGAAACUAGAAGAUGGGUAUUUUGGAGGUGCUAGAGUAAAGCUAGGAAACCUGGCAGAGUUCCUCACUACCUCAUUCUAUACGUACCUGACCUUCUUGGAUCCAGACUGUGACGAGAAGUUGUUUGAUGACGUCAGUGACGGGAGCUUUAGCCCUGACAGCGAGUUCGAACUGGGCGGAUACCUGGAAGACAACAGCCAUCCAGAAAGCCAAGAUGAACUUGACCAGUAUAUCAACCACCUUCUUCAGAGCACAGCCUUGAAGUGCUACCUGCCCCCUCUUUGUAAGAAGUCAGAAGACAACCAUGUUUUCAGUGCUAUCCAUUCCACUCGGGACAUACUUUCUGUGAUGGCCAAAGCAAAGGGUUUGGAAACUCCAUUUUUUCCAAUGGUUUUGCCAACUAAAGUUCUAAGUGGACACCGUAAGUCACUGAAUCUUGUUGACUCCCCUCAGCCACUCCUAAAGAAGACUCCUGAAUAUGACUACCAGUGGCCCAGAGAUGACCGUGGUGAAAUGGACUGUGAGAAGCUAGUUGAGCAACUGAAAGACUGCUCAAACCUCCAGGACCAAGCAGACAUUCUGUACAUUCUUUAUGUGAUAAAGGGUCCCAGCUGGGAUACCAAUCUGUCUGGACAGCGUGGAGUCACUGUUCACAGUCUUCUCAGCGAGCUCUAUGGAAAAGCUGGCCUAAACCAAGAAUGGAGUUUGGUUCGCUACAUUUCAGGCCUGCUCAGGAAGAAAGUAGAGGUCCUGGCUGAGGCCUGUGCAGAUCUGCUGUCCCACCAGAAGCAGCUUACAGUCGGCCUGCCCCCUGAGCCCCGGGAGAAGACCAUCUCCGCGCCUCUUCCCCCAGAGGAGCUCACAAAACUCAUCUACGAGGCCAGUGGACAGGACAUCAGCAUUGCUGUCCUCACACAGGAGAUCGUGGUUUACCUGGCCAUGUAUGUCCGGGCCCAGCCUAGCCUCUUUGCAGAGAUGCUCAGACUCCGGAUUGGAUUGAUCAUCCAGGUGAUGGCCACAGAGUUGGCUCGGAGCUUGAACUGCUCAGGAGAAGAAGCCUCGGAGAGUUUGAUGAACCUCAGCCCCUUUGACAUGAAGAACCUCCUGCAUCAUAUUCUGAGUGGGAAGGAGUUCGGUGUGGAGAGAAGCGUGCACCCAAUUCAGUCCUCCACAUCCAGCCCUGCCAUCUCCAUCCAUGAGGUGGGUCACACUGGCGUCACCAAGACUGAGAGGAGUGGUAUCACCAGACUAAGGAGUGAGAUGAAACAGAUGACUAGGCGAUCUAGUGCUGAUGAGCAGUUCUUUCCUGUGGGCCAGGCUGUGUCCAACAGUUUGCAUUCCUUCAAGUCUGCGAGGUCCAGCACCCCAUCAUCUCCAACGGGCACAUCAUCUACAGACUCCGGGGGACACCACAUGGGCUGGGGCGAGCAGCAGGGCCAGUGGCUGCGCAGGAGAAGGCUGGAUGGGGCCAUCAACAGGGUCCCCGUGGGAUUCUACCAGAGAGUGUGGAAGAUUCUUCAGAAGUGCCAUGGACUGUCCAUCGAUGGUUAUGUCCUCCCGUCCUCAACAACCCAAGAGAUGACCCCAUAUGAGAUCAAGUUUGCUGUCCAUGUGGAGUCAGUGCUCAACCGCGUGUCCCAGCCUGAGUAUCGGCAGCUACUGGUAGAAGCCAUCAUGGUACUGACGCUGCUCUCAGAUACGGAAAUGGACAGUAUUGGAGGCAUCAUCCAUGUGGACCAGAUUGUACAGAUGGCCAAUCAGCUGUUUCUGCAGGACCAGGUGUCAUUUGGAGCCGUAGACAUCUUGGAAAAAGACCAAGCCACGGGAAUUUGCCACUCCUUUUAUGACAGUGCUCCUAGUGGCGCUUAUGGUACAAUGACCUACCUAACGAAAGCAGUGGCUUCUCAUUUGCAGGAACUGCUGCCCAACUCAGGCUGCCAGAUGCAAUAGGGCCUUACCCAUAAACAUGAGCACCCUCUGAAUGUG